GCUGCAGGUUGGAGGAGGGAGUGAGGGGAGGAAGUGAGAGCGACGUGGGUUUGGGACACGGCCCGCUGGGGGAACCGAAGGUUGGAGAGCCCGAGGGGCCACGAGAGCUGGGAACAGAAGGCCAGGGGACCUCCAGAGAGGAAGAGACAGGCAGAUGGAUGGGCUGGAGAAGAAGCUGUCACGAUGCUGGAGAGACCUGGAGGCUGUGAACUCCAGGCUCUAUGGGGCGGAGCUGAGCUCAGAGGCCAGGAGUUCUCUGGAGAAGGAGAAAAGCAGCCUGAUGAACAAAGCCUCCAACUAUGGAGCUGGAGUUGCUUCGGCAGGAGAACCGGAAGAACAUGCUGCUGUCUGUGGCCAUCUUCCUCCUCCUGACGCUUAUCUACGCCUACUGGACCCUGUGAGCCUGAGAUUUCUCCAGUCAGCACAGGCUUCCCCUCAGCUCCGUGGUCACAGCCAAGCAGGCCCUUCAAGCCUCAAGCGGACCAAGGUACAAGGGCCAUUUCUCCCUGACCCAGACGUCGGAGCAGGGCUUCCUGUCGGCCCAGCCCCUCUCGCCUCCCAUUCCUGCUGCGGGGCUUGAGUCUCCAGAAGGACUUUGUGUCGGCUUAGCCCAAGGGAAAGGCAAUAAAGACCACCCUGGCUG